AUGGAUUUGCUAAACGACUCAUCUGAUUCCCAACACCAGGACACAGACUUUGAGAUUAGCGACGACAUUGUACUCACAGCAUAUAUAGUUGGGUGUGCAAGUGUCGUAGCUUACGUGGAGACCUAUAUACACAAAAUACCAAUGCAUACAAAUAUACAAACAGUGUAUGAAUGGGGUUGCAUUGGUGCCAUUGAUGAGGUUCACGUCCCCGUGGUCUUACCACUUGAGGAGCAACACCCAUAUAGAGGAAGGAAAAGGGCUACAAUGGUAAACUGCAUGUGCGCAUGUGAUUUUGACAUGAAAUUCACAUUCGCGUGUGUGGGAUGGGAAGGGUCAGCGCACGACACAAGGAUCUUUUUAAAUUGCCUCAAUAAUGAGAGUGACAACUUCCCAAAACCUCCAACUGAAAAGUAUUAUCUUGUUGAUUCAGGGUACCCUAUGAAGACAAGGUUCCUUGCACCAUAUAAGGGGGAGAGGUACCACAUCCCCGAUUUUCAAAGAGGUUCACAGUUGCAUCGUCUAGAGGAGAGAUUUAAUUAUCUUCAUUCCUCACUUCGUUCGAUCAGAGAACGAACUUUUGGAGUUUGGAAGAAUAGAUGGAAAAUUUUGAAAAGUAUGCCAACCUUUCAUAUACGCACUCAAAAUUAUAUCAUUGUUGCUACAAUGGUUCUUCACAAUUUUAUUAGAGCACAUGACCACAAUGACAUUGGACAUAGGCAUUCUGCAUGGGACAUAUACGGAAAUAGUGAGGGAGGUCAUUACGAUGGAGUGGCAGAUGUGGUCUCUUACUUGGAUGAAGAUGAGAUGAAAGAGGUUCGAAACAAUAUCAUAGCAUCAAUAUGUAAGGACCAUAACUGA